AAAAACUUUGAAUCCUCAACGAAACAUGCGCAAAAGUAUUUUCUGUUGUUGCUCCAGUCCAUUAAAAUUCAAUUUGCGUUAAAAGGUCGCGGAAGUCAAAGAGCGGAAGCUGUGGCAGUCUGGAACCGUUAUGUGGAGCUAUAAACGUGGAAAGAUGGUGUGGGGAGGGGAGGGAAGAUGAUGACGUUAUACCCCCCAGUUGUCGAGGGGCGGGGCGACUUAAUGGUGCACUGCACAAAGGGUGUCAGAGCGUGAUAAAGAGGAUCCGUGUGGAAUCGUGAGACAAAAUGUAAGAAUGAUUCAUAGUUUAAACAGUGCUAUAGCUCCCAAUGUAGCUCCAGGUACUUGACAGUGAGGGGUGUCUUAGUAUGAAGAGAAUUUAAACUAUAAAAUGCCUAUCGAAACCAGACGUCCCGAGGAGCAGUAUUCGACAUGGACGGGGCUCAUUUACAUUUUCAAUUUAAUAGUCGGCACUGGUGCGUUGACGUUACCAGCUGUAUUUGACAAAGCAGGAUGGGCUCUUGGACUGAGUGUAAUAUGUAUAUUAGCAUUUAUAAGUUUUAUGACUGUCACCUUUGUGAUUGAAACAAUGGCAUCUGCAAAUGCAAUUGUCCAGUGGAAACGUUUGCAGCAAAUGAAGAGAGCUUUACAAGCCAAUGAACCUCAAGAUGCAGAUGAAGACACUGCUCCACAGGAUGAAGAUACACCUCUUGUUUCACCAGUAGCAUGGGAAAAGUUUCCAAGCCCGCCUCAUCGGUAUUACAUCAUUCAUGAGAAAAUUGAAAUGGGUCAAAUGGCGUCUCUGUUUUUUAACAGAGUGGGACGUACAUUGUUCUUCCUGUGCUUUGUAAUUUAUUUGUAUGGAGAUCUGUCCAUCUACUCAGCUGCUGUGGCAAAGUCCCUAGCAGAUGUUUCCUGUACAUAUCAACCUGCCAACUUUUCGUGUAAUUCAACUUUGAAUGAUUCCACGCUUUGUUGGGAAGAUUCAGACCUCACUCGCCAUGAUGCUUAUCAUGUGUUCUUGGGUGCCUUCAUACUGUUACUGGGGCCAUUUGUUUUCUUUAAUGUCCAGAAGACAAAGUAUCUUCAGAUCCUUACAACUGUAAUGAGAUGGUUGGCUUUCACAAUUAUGAUCACAUAUGCUGCCAGAAAACUUAUUGUGGAUGGACCAAAAGGGCAUCCUCCUCCAGCUGAUGUUGCAGGGAUUCCUGGAUUGUUUGGGGCUUGUGUUUAUUCAUUUAUGUGUCAUCAUUCAUUACCUGCUCUGGUAUCUCCUAUAGCUGAUAAAUCAAAGCUUACACGCUCUCUUGUUCUUGAUUAUUUUCUUAUAGCAGCAUUCUAUUUGUUAUUAGCAUUGACUGGGGCUUUUGCUUUUCAACACUUGGAUGACCUUUAUACCCUUGAUUUCGGUCCCCGCAGUUCAGGGGACUGCAGUACGGAUGAUGUUGGAUUAAUCAUGAAACUUGUAGAAUAUUUUUUAGCUUUAUUUCCAGUUUUUACACUGAGUACGAGUUUUCCAAUUAUUGCAAUUACAUUGCGAAAUAAUUUGAAAUCUCUCUUCCUAACAGAAGGUCGUCACUACCGAUGGUGUAUUAGAAAACUUUUUUUCCCAUUGUUGGCUAUUGUUCCACCUGUUUUAAUAGCUAUGGCAACAGAAGAUCUAAAAAUACUAGUCGGUAUUACUGGUUCCUAUGCAGGAACUGGCAUUCAGUAUCUUAUUCCAGCUUGCUUGGUUGUGUGUGCAAGAAAGAAAACGCUCGAAAUUAUUGGAAUGGGUGUUAAGAAUGAAUUCGCUUCUCCAUUUUAUAGCAAAGGUUGGGACACUUUGUCCAUGACAUCAGAUGUGCCACAGGGCAAGGAACUAAUAAAUUUGUCCAGAUUUACAAUUUAUCACAGUGCUGAAGACUUGGGUCAAAUGGAGGAGGAGAAAGAGACCAGUACUGAGGAAUGCAAUCUUGUUGAGAAAGAAGAAUGUAAACUGGUACAGCAAAAUAAUGUUAGAAAAUAUUCUGGGCCUAAGCCGACGGAGAGAAGCCAGAGAGGGCUCGCGGACCGCCGCGCGAUACGUCACUUGUGGAAAUGCCUGCUUGCGGUUCUCUCCGCGUCCUGCUCCACGCCGUUGCCUUCGCGUCCGGAUGCCAGCGAGCGCGACAUCCCCGAGCUUUUGACAGCUGCGCCCGGCGCCGCCCCGCCCCAAGACUGUUUCCGAGUGGUGGACUCGUGGGUUGGAGAUCGGUGUGAAAGUGGUCCCAAUAUGUUCAGUGAUGGCCUCCGCACUGUGGAUUUCGUCCUGGUGUGGAUGGACGAAAAUGUGUCUUCAGGCAAACGUGCCCAAAUUGCUGCAGCCGAAAAUGCCCGGAUAAAGCGAGAGAUAUUUGAGAGGAAUCUCUGCGCUGAGGGUCUUUCUCUGGAAUAUGAAGAUGCCUCUGAAAAACUUCACUUCAUCAAGAUUCACGCCUCCAAAGAAGUUCUUGCUCGAUACACAGAAAUCCUGAAACUGCGAAUGCCAAUGAAAAGGGUUCCUGAUGUCAUGUAUCCAAAAGAAGAAAACGCUGACCUAAUUAAAGAAGUGAAAUCUUUUGUCAAAAAAGUACUACAUUUUGUUCGAGUUGAUGAAUCUACUUUUCCUCCUCUAGAACGCACAUUUACUGCUGAAUUCAGUAGAGACAAAAAAUAUUUAUUUGAUAUGGAUGACCCAGACUUUUUCUCACAUUCUGUAAGAGCAACUGUCGUUGAUUUCAUAUUGGAGCGCAAGAAAUUCUCUGACAAAGCAGAUGAUGUAUUUGCAUUUGGCAUCAACAGGUUAAUAGCUGAUGGUGUGUAUAAAGCUGCAUUUCCACUACAUGAUGGUGAUUAUCGCAAGCCAGGCAACCAACGAAGUUUAUUGUUUUCUGAAUGGGCAUCUGUAAGAAAAUGGGUAAAAUAUCAGCCAGUUGAUUACAUUAAAGAGUAUUUUGGAGUGAAGUAUGGUCUUUACUUUGCAUGGCUUGGAUUUUAUACGCACAUGCUCAUUCCAGCCUCGAUUAUGGGUCUUGUUUGUUUUUUCUAUGGUCUUGCAACUCUCUAUUCCAAUACUCUGAGUGAAGAUAUUUGCAACCCAGCCACAAACAUUACUAUGUGCCCUUUAUGUGACCGUACAUGUAAUUAUUGGAAUCUUACUGAAACAUGUACAUAUGCUCGAAUAACAUAUUUAUUUGACAAUCCUUUUACUGUCUUCUUUGCUAUUUUUAUGUCUUUUUGGGCCACGUUGUUCCUAGAAUUAUGGAAACGUUAUUCUGCUGAUAUAACCCAUCGGUGGGGAUUGACAGGGUUUGAUCUUCAGGCAGAGCAUCCUCGCCCUGAGUACCUUGCUCGGCUGGCAAAUGCAAGGGAACAAAAAAUAAAUGUUAUUACUAACGUUUCAGAACCUUAUGUUCCAUUUUGGAAAGUGCGUGUUCCAACAACUCUUCUAAGUUAUUCAGUUGUGUUGUUAUUGAUUACUGUUGCAAUUGGUGCUGUGUUUGGUGUAGUUUUGUACCGAAUGUCUGUCUUGACGUCAUUGUCAUUGUAUCCUGACUCUGAUACCACAAGCUAUAUGAUCAUGUUUAUUCCAAUCACAGCUGCAUCCAUCAACUUGGUGUGCAUUAUGUGUUUGAAUUAUUUCUAUGAUUGGUUAGCUGUACGUCUGACUGAAUUAGAACUGCUAAGAACUCAAACAGAAUUUGAUGAUAGCUUGACAUUGAAGAUUUAUUUAUUUCAGUUUGUGAACUACUAUACUUCAAUAUUUUACAUUGCUUUUUUAAAGGGAAAGUUUGUAGGUUAUCCAUCUAAAUACAAUAGAAUAUUCAAGUUCCGACAAGAAGAGUGCAGUCCUGGUGGUUGUUUAAUGGAACUGUGCAUCCAGUUAGCAAUUAUUAUGGUGGGCAAGCAAGCUAUGAAUAGCAUCUUGGAGAUGGUUAUGCCGUUGUUUUGGAAAACAUUAAACACAAUUCGCUUGAAGACAGGCAUGGGUAAAGAGGAGGAACAAGAAAAGUGCCGAACUCGUUGGGCUGAAGACUACAAAUUAUUGGAUUGGGGUCCACGAGGACUAUUUUAUGAAUAUCUAGAAAUGGUUCUCCAGUAUGGAUUUGUGACAAUAUUUGUGGCAGCUUUUCCAUUAGCUCCAUUUUUUGCUUUGUUAAACAAUGUGUUGGAAAUGCGUCUUGAUGCAAAGAAAUUCCUCAAGUUCUACAGAAGACCUGUUCCAAAGAGAGUUAAAAAUAUUGGUGUAUGGUUUCGAAUAAUGGAUAUCAUUGCUCGAAUGUCUGUUGUUACAAAUGCGUUUAUUAUUGCAUUUUCUUCAAAUUUCAUUCCAAGGCUUGUGUACAUGAUGACAGUGACUCGCAAUAAUACAGAUGUUGGAUUUCUCAAUUUUACAUUGGCAUAUUUCAAUACAAGUGAUUUUAAAGAAAAUGAAGCUCCCAUACAUCCAAAUAUGAAUGUGUCUAUUUGCAGAUAUGCUGAGUUUCGAAAUAGUCAUUUGGAACCACCUGGUCUCAAAUACAAAAGACCUCCUAUAUACUGGCAUAUUCUUGCAGCCCGGCUUGCUUUUGUAGUAGUCUUUCAGAAUGUUGUAGGAAUGGUUAUGAUGACAGUGCAGUGGUGUAUUCCUGAUAUGACACGCAAACUGAGAAAUGAAAUUCGCCGAGAAGCUUAUCUCACCAAUGAAAUAAUUAUCAGGCAAGAAAUGUUGAGGGCACGGGGUGCAGCAGCAGCAGCGCUGCCUACUGCAGAUGAAUUUCUCCUGAAUGAAAAACAAUACCAGUACGAUAAAGCUGCCUUUGGAAGUGAAGGGGACUUGAUAUCUCCCAGAGCUCUUGGUGAAGGCGAUUUGUCGGUUUCUGUUGGAGAGGAUGGUGAUGUUCGUAAAAGACGUAGUGUGGAAAUUUCAUCUUUUGAAGUAGUGUGAGUAGUUUUCAAAACUUUGUAAUGUAUUUCAAGUGCCCCUGCACUGCAGCUACUCAAAGGUACUUGUAAUAUGUAACAAGAUGAAGUGAAUUAGGCAAGAGAGAAUUCUUUACAGUACAUGUGAGAUUGAGAAAUACAUCACAUAAUUAGACAAUGGAGAUGAAGUAAAAAUAUCUAAAGUUAUAUAGAUAUGAUGUGUAUUCAAUCAGAUAUGUUUUUAUUGGAGAACUGAAUGCUCUCUAACCAGUGUGGAUUAUGUCUGGUUUAUAUCUUUUGUGCUACGAAGUGCUGUGAAAACUUUACGGUUCAAACAAGAAUCUUCAUGGGAAUGUAAAAUAAUUUUUUUCCAAAUGAUCUGUGUAAUUUAUGUAGUUUGAGGUCAGUUUUCGUGGUCGUAAGAAGUAAUUUCUGUAUUGUUUAUUAUUGUUGAAUCUCUAAAUGCCAAGAUAAAAUAAUGCUUCCAGAUAUGCUUACUAAUGAAGGCAGCAGCAAUCUUGGGUGUUAUACUAAUUGAAGCAUACAAUGCUUAUUCCAUUAAGUUAUUACUACAUACCAAAAGAGAAAAUAUGACAUUAGUAUAUGGUGCUUUCUUAACAAAAAUUAAUUUGUGUUCAACAUGGAUUUGCGUUGAAGGAUAUGUAAAAUGUGUAUUUAUGUAAGAUAGUUGUGGUUUUUGCGUAUUGAAAAUACGUGUUUGUGAAUUGAAUCGCAUUGGCAGCUUGCUUAGUGGUUUUGUCUUUAGGAUCUAAACUUAUUUUUUUAUUCUGGAAGAAAGAGAAAAGCUGUAAUGAAACCUAUAUUCUCUGUGCAAGUUUACCUUCUGUGGGUGUCUCAACUUCGAAUUUAAUCAAUUAAACUUUAUCAAAGGAAUCAUAUUUUUGAGCCAAUUUUAUUAGUCAGUCAUUGGAAACUUUCAUGAAGAAAUGCCAGACCUAACAGUGCUGAAGAAUGCAGUUUUUGUGACCUCUUAAGGGCAGCUUGGUUAUUGUUAAGAGUGACAUCAUCACUAUUCCAGGAAAUUUUAAACUGGCAAAUAGGAUGAUCUACCAUUCUGUUUUCAAAGCUAAUGAACAAGACCAUUAAGCACUUAUCCAUCCACAGAAAUUUCUUAGGAAUCAAUCGAGUGUCUGGCAGUAGUUGUGUUAAUGGCUGUUACUCUUUGAGGAAAGGGUAUGUUGCAUGUAUCUUCAGGCAGUGGUAAUGCAAUGUGACAAGGUUUCCAUCGAUGGAAUGAAUGGCAGCAUUCUCCCCUAGCUUUCCACUUCUCGUUUCAAAAGAACAAAUUCUAAAUGAUCCAUGAAGAAUUUGUGGUAAAUAAAGCAGGUUCAAAGCUGGUUUCUUUGUUGUUGUUUUCUGUUUUCCACGCUUGUCAUUCCAUUAUGUACUAUUAAUUUUCAUUACUUUCUUCAUACUACACAAUCUUCAUCACACUGGAGGUUAAUAACAUUAGAACGUACCAGAUUGUAAUAGCAUUUUAAGAUCCUUUCUCAAGAGAUUCUGCUGAUUCUCUGCCAAAUAAUAAAUACAAUCAAAUAAAAUAAUACUUAUAAUAUGUUUACCAAUGUAUUUCUUCUUGAUUUUUAUUUCUUGAUAGUAUGAUAGUAUAGGGAAAAAUAAGCUUGUAGCACCGCACUGAUUGAAGCAGAACAACAAAGGUCACACUUAAGAAGACAGAAAAACAGAUUAGUCUUUAUUGAUAAAGAACUGAGAAAUAGCAAGGAAAUUCCUUCAGCAAAAACCUCCUUCCAGCUGCCAGUUCAAAAUAUUUCAGGAAUAAAGGAUGACUGGAGUGUUGUAAACCAUGUAGCUUAUAGUAGGUGUUCUGAAUGUCCUGAAUGAUAUACUUCACAGGCAUGGUAGGACUGCAUUGGAAAACAUGAAAUAGAAUGGUAUUUUAGAGCUUGUAUCAGCUCAGUUAAAUAUAAUUCUGGGAAAAUAUUUUAUUAAUUGCAUUUUAAGUGAAAAAUUAUUUGAAAUCUGAAUAUUUGCAACCCUUGUAAAGAUACCUGUAGGGAUGCGUUGAAUUUAGCCUUACAGAGAAUUAAAAACUUAUUUAUUGAGUCAAGUUGACUUGUAUUCACUAAGAGUCAUGACUAGGAGCAGAUUUUAAUAAAAUGUAAUUUUUUUUCUUUUCACUUUAGAACAAUGCUGUUUAGUAUAGAAAUUCAUUUUAUGUUAAGCCAAAAUGAAAUGACCCAUUUUUUAUA